AUGGACGGCGCCAUCCCCACACGGCCAGGGUUUCUGUUGAACGGCAUUUUCUUAUUUAAACCGAAUGACAUGCUCAGUUUUGACUCGUCCACAACCAGCCCUUUUUCCGUUCCAUUCCGUCUACCAAUUCACUCAGACAAAAUUGACACAACUCUUUUUGAGUUUGCCUUUCCUGACAACGACCUAACUUCUUCAGAGAAAAAGACAGAUCACUUCACUUUUGUUCUGACAGAUUUGGAUGGCCGAAGAUCUUACUGUUACUGUCGGAGGGAGUUGCACCACACGUCUCAAUGUUUGAUUUUCGUGUCGCACUUUAAAAAGUUUUCGUUGAUAUACGCGAUGAUCGACUUUUUAUUUGCGAAGCAAGAAAACCCCGAGUUAUUCUCCCAAAUUGCUAAAGACUUUUUCGAAGCGACGUACCCCUCUGCCUCGUCUAAAAUAUUUUCUUCCAAAUUCAACUAUUCCUUUUCAACAUCUUCCCGCGACAACGUAGACCCCCCAUACAUUGUUUCCUCCUUUUUCCUCAAAUUAUUUGGUGCGUCACUUUUUGUCGACGUCUUUUCAAACUUGCUUUUAGAACGGAAGUUUAUAUUCAUCUCCGAGUCGUUACAAACACUUUCAAUCGCAAUUCACACAUUCUCAUCACUCAUACAUCCUUUUGUUUGGCAACACAUAUUAAUUCCAAUUCUUCCUCCAAAGAUGUUAGACUUGGCUCAUGCACCGAUGCCAUUCAUUAUCGGGUGUACAUCAUCAACGUUUCUCCAACUAGCCGAGGAGGUUGACAUUUCCGACGUCUACGUUUUCAACGUCGACGCCAGAGAAUUCUUGAGUUUCCCCGUAUAUCCACUCCUCUUCAAUACCGUGCGUUCCGUCUUUCUCAAAUCUUCCCUUUUCAAGGUCCAGAAAAAUAUUAUGAGUUCCAGCUUAAACAAAACAAAACCAACCGAAAACUUUGACGUAUUGGUCUCCGACUUUUUAUUCCAGUUCCUUCGCGACUCUUUUAAUUUCUACCCAACUAAAAUCGAGAUCGACACAAAGUCGCCACGUCACACAAAAACGAUUAAACUCGUUGGCGAUGAACACCCGGACAAAACGUUUCGACCAUUUUUCACCGAGUUUCUGAAUUGUCAAAUAUGUGACGUGUACUUUGCAAAACGGGAAGAAGAACUCAAUGCCGGAGAAGAUAUCACAAAGAUUUGUCCGUUAUUAUACAAUUAUAGUAAUUUUACGAUAUUUUAUAGUAAAUGUUAUGAGAUGAGUAGUUUCUUUGGUUACGCGAAUGUGCGUUGCAGAAAUUGUGGGCUUCCAAUUAUGAACACGGCUCCUUGCACUGUAGAGUGCGGUGGGAUAUGUCAUGUUGAAUGUUUUAGGUGCACAGUGUGCUGGAGGAUCAUGCUUGGGGAUUUGAGCCAUUCCGAGAUUGUAAAGGGUGGAACGUGUGUAUGUGUGUUGUGCAAAAAAAGUGGGAGAAGUGGAAUAAAAAGAUCAGAGAAGGAAUAUCAAGAUGCAUUGAGUAAAAAAGAGAAGAGUUCACUUGUAAAUUUGACGGAAUACAUCUCAUCAAAAAAAGAAAAAUAUAAAAAAAAGAAUACCGUUGUCUUUGAUCGAGUAAGUGCAGGUGUCACACCUUCACCAAUUGUACCAAGUUCCACAAACACUCCAAGGGAGGAUCUCAAAAAUCAAACCAAAUUUUUUGACUUCAAUGUGGCGGAACGAGCAAGAUCAACAGCACCUUCCAUUGCAUUCGAUUUUCUUGGAAAUCAAAAAGAAAGUUUAGAAGGAUUCGAAGAUACGGAACGAGAUUUUAAUGGUGGAACGAAACAACAGAAGAGCGAAAAAAACGAGGGAAAGCAACACAAAGUCGACGACAUCUUCGCGCUUUUCGAGAACAGUACCAAAGAUUCGGUCCAAACCGAAAGAAACACUAAACCACUAAAUGGUGGAAGAGAACUUAAAGCUCAAAGCAUUGAUGACUUUUUUGACUUCAAAAAAUCUCCGUCAGGUUUUGAUGUUCUUGGAACGAAUACGGACAUGGGGAAUAAUACGAACUCCGGAAAAGCACAAACCGAACAGGAGAAGCCGCUAUUUGAUUUGAGCUUUUUGUAA